ACACAAAAUCCCUCCUCGUCGCCUCCUCUUUCUGACCCCAAUAUCUUCGAUUUUUCUUUCACUUUUAUUUUCUUCUUUUCUUUUCUAAAAUUCGAUCUGAUAAUUUAUUCAUCUUCAGAUUUCAAUCACAUAAUUACCAGAUUUAUCUUCUGAUUAAUUUCAUUCUUAUUAUCAAUAAAUUUUAAAUCAUCAAUUCCGAUUAUUAUUAUUCUUUUAAUUGAAUAAUAAUCAAGUAGGUUUUCGUUUAUUUGUUAAUUCGAUCCAUACUGGAUUUCUGGCGAAGAGAUUUAAGAGAUUUAAGAUAAAAGAGAAAUGAAAGGAUUGAAAAAACGGAUCUUUUAUAAUUAGAUAAAACCUUAUUAGAUAUGCCUGGAUUACCACAAAAAAAUGCUGAAUUAAGCGAAGAUUGUUCGCUGCAAUAUUCAUCUUCAUGUUCAUCUGGACAUGUUUCUGAAUAUGGAAUCUGGUCUAAGCAUCGGAAUGAAAUUACCUUUGAUCAGCUUCAAAAGUUUUGGAAUGAGUUGCCAUCACGCGCACGAAAAGAACUUCUGAGAAUCGAUAAACAAACCCUUUUCGAGCAAGCUCGUAAGAACCUUUACUGCUCUAGAUGUAAUGGGUUGUUGCUUGAAGGUUUUUCGCACAUUGUCAUGUAUGGAAAGUCUUUGCAGCAAGAAAAUGGAGCCGGUAUGCAUAUUCAUACAGGUAGACCUGGAACCCUAAGAAAUGGUUGUAGUAUGAAUACAACAGAGUUGAGCUGUCAAGAUGACAUUGAAGAUCCUAUUAUCCAUCCUUGGGGAGGUCUUGCCGCAACUCGGGACGGGAUAUUGACGCUUUUAGACUGCUUUUUAGAUGCAAAGUCUUUAAAGGCACUCCAAAAUGUCUUUGAUGGCGCACGAAAGAGGGAGUCACAGCGUAAAUUACGUUACCCUGACGCUUGUGGUGGGGAUGGCCGGGGAUGGAUAAGCCAAGGGGGAAUGACUAGUUACGGGAGAGGUCAUGGGACAAGGGAAGCAUGUGCUCUCCACACUGCUAGGCUCUCUUGUGAUACGCUGCUUGGUUUCUGGUCAGCACUGGGAGAUGAAACUCAGUUGUCUCUUCUACGAAUGAAGGAAGAGGAUUUUAUUGAAAGGCUUAUGUACAGGUUUGAGAGCAAAAGAUUUUGCAGAGAUUGCAGAAGAAAUGUUAUUCGUGAGUUUAAGGAGCUGAAGGAGUUAAAGCGCAUACGGAGGGAGACACGCUGCACCAUUUGGUUUUGUGCUGCAGAUAUUUCCUUUGAUUAUGAAGUGUCGGAUACUGCAAUCCAAGCCGAUUGGCGUCACUCAUUUACGGAUUCCAUUGGGACAUACAAAUAUUUCGAAUGGGCAGUCGGAACAGGGGAGAGAAAAUCCGACAUUCUCGAUUUUGAAGAUGUUGGCAUGAACAGAAGUGUUCAAGUCACUGGCUUGGAUCUUGGUGGGCUUAGCGCAUGCUUUAUUACAUUAAGGGCUUGGAAGCGAGAUGGUCGUUGUACUGAGCUUUCCGUGAAAGCCCAUGCAUUGAAAGGUCAACCAUGUGUCCAUCGCAGGCUUUUAGUUGGGGAUGGAUUUGUGACGAUAACAGAAGGAGAGUGUAUGGGGAGGUUUUUCGAGCAAGCUGAAGAAGCUGAAGAAGAAGAGGAUGAUGAUUCCAUGGACAAAGAUGGAAAUGAGUUAGAUGGAGAAGGCUCCCGUCUGCAAAAGCAUGCGAAGAGUCCCGAACUUGCUCGAGAAUUUCUUCUAGAUGCAGCAAUCGUUAUUUUCAAAGAGCAGGUUGAAAAAGCUUUUAGAGAAGGAACCGCUCGUCAAAAUGCCCACAGUAUAUUUGUUUGUCUUGCUUUAAAAUUGCUGGAAGAGCGUAUCCAUGUUGCAUGCAAGGAGAUUAUCACAUUAGAAAAACAGAUCCAGCUUCUCGAAGAAGAAGAAAAAGAAAAACGUGAAGAGGAAGAACGGAAAGAGAGGAGGAAAACGAAAGAUAGAGAGAAAAAACUUAGAAGAAAAGAGAGAUUAAAAGGGAAAGAUAAGGAGAUAGAAAGGAAAGGUGUCGAAGUGGGACAAACUUCCACUGUUACUGAGAUUUCCUUAGAGAGAUCAUCCCCAGAUUUCAAGGAGGAGUUAUUAAAUAAUAUCAACUCAGAGGAUUCACUUAGUGAAUUAGGAGACAUAAUGCUAGACAGGCCGCUUUCUCCAGAUAACCAAGAGGAACAAUAUUCAAAUUUGAGUAUAACUUCAGAGCUACAAAAUGAUGAAGUUGAUACUGAACAUCUGUCCGCUUACGUUGCUGACACAAAGCAUCAUGCAAGGGAAGAUAAUGGUUUGUUUGUGACUGAGCAAUCUAAAUCUGCUCCCUGCAAACUUAGAUACAGGAAAUAUCAUCAAUUUGAAUCAGCUAAUAAAUGGUAUAACAGAAGCAGAUCUGUGGUUGAUGAUGAGAGUGGGGAUUUCGUCGAUGACUUUGAGCCAAAAACAUCGAGGUGUAACAAUGGUGUCAAUAAGCAAUCGAGAAGUAACCUGAAGUCAGACGGUAGAAAUUUUGGCCGCAAGUAUGGCGAAAAAUUUCAUUGCUCGAACUAUAGAGUUCGUGAUAGGUAUGAUUUCAAGGCAUGUGGUUGUAACCUUCAAAAUGAUUACAGAACAAAAGACGCUCAUAAUUCUUCACUUGCCUUAUCAGAGCGGGAGACCAAAGCUAAGACUGAAUCUUCGUCAGAUAUAUCUGUGCCAUCGUAUAGAAAAAGCAAGUAUACAAAUGGAGUUUACUUGCCUGACAGUUGCAGAACUCCAAAAAACAAGAUUGUUACUGGCAAAUUUCGUUCAAACAGAGAGUUCGUCCACACUAAGAAGGUUUGGUACCCUCGAAGCAGCUCAGACUCUGAUAUUACCUUGAGGUCAUCUACUUCUAAGGUCAUUGGAUGCGAGGAAGCUAGGAAUGACGGUAUUGCAGGUGAACACUCUGAUAAUAUUCUUAAAUCACCAGGUGAUCAAUCUUCAGACAAAGUUUCAAUAACCUCCAAUGAUAUCUGUGAUAAGAGUGACCACCACCAAAAUCAGGAGGAGAUUCAUGAGAACAUGGAGAGGGUAUCAACAAAUAUCAGCUCAGUCGUGGAUAAUAAUGGCUGCCAUACUGGAUCUGCCUCAGGAGCAGAGUCCCCUAAUAAUUCUUUAAGAGGCACAUCCGGUUCACCGACUAGCAGCAACUCAAAUUCAGAUAGCUGUUCAUCGUGUCUUACCGAGGGAGAUGAUAGUGCGAUCUAUUCACUUACUCAAAAUACGGAAUCUGUUUCAGAUUCAGAAAAUGGCCCUCAACACUCUGAAGGAAGAGACACUCCUACAACUCAUUAUAGGGAAGCACCAAAAUGCUCGAGUGGUGGAGAAUGGAGAUUUGUUGCUAGCAACAUAGCAUCUGGGAUUCAAGAUGUCAGCUGUAUAACACUAGGCAACUUCCAAGGAGACGUGCUUCAAAGAAAUGUUCCUACUUGUGAUAACGAUAGAAUCCUGGACAAUGCAAGCUCCCAGGUACCACAUUGCUUGCUUCCUGCGAUGCACAGCCAAGGUAUAUCUUUCCCAGUUUUUCCUGCCCCUUCAACAAUGGCAUACUACCAUCAAAGGCCCACUUCUUGGUCGGGGGCUUCUCCCAAUGGGUUGAUGUCGUUUCCUCAACCUAGUUGCUUCAUUUUACCUAGUCCUCUCGGGUAUGGUUUAACAGAAAACCGGCCAUCACACUUCUGCAUGCAGUAUAGUGCGAUGCAACCUAUCAUAAAUGUACUCGACUUAGGCCAGCUUCCAGCAUACCAAGUAGUUAAUAAAGCUAAUGGUGUGAACUUACUUGAUCAAACCAAGAAUGUUCACCUAGGUGAAUCACGGGAGUCGGUAAGUGUACAUGUGCCAGUUCCAAAUUGUCAAGGACCAUUAUUAGGCCAGAAUGCAAAUUCUGCAGCAUCAAAUAAAGAUGGUAACGACUUUUCAUUGUUCCAUUUUGGUGGGCCCAUAUCAGUCACAAUAGGAGAUGAUUUGAAUUCAGGUAACUUGAAAGAAGGAUUUGUUGGUGAUACUUUUUCAAAUUCAUCAGUAAUUCCUUCUCGAGUUGAGUUUGAGUGCUCUGGGAAAGAGGUGACUACUGGUGAUGAAUACAGCUUGUUCGGAGCUAGUAACAGAACACGGUUUUCAUUCUUCUGAAAGAAGGUAGACUAAGAGUCUGUAAGGCAGCAGCAUUACUUUUGUUAUGCAAGAGAAUUUAUAAUUCAGUUGAUAAUAAUCUUCUUCGAGAAUAUAAAAAGUCGAGUAUAGUCUUUGUUUGAUUGAUUGUCAUUCCAUUCCAAUAUUGUUUCAAGUUUUGCAUUGCGAGUGCCAUAAUGUUUGAAGAAUUUCUGUUCGAGCCCAGUUCUCUUCUUAAUUCUUUUUUUCUUUUCUUAGUGU